AUGACUUCUCCCGACAAGCAGACGAUGAACAAUCCCGUCAGCUCAAGUCAAAUUAAAGAGCUGUUUGGCGGCUUUUCCGUCCCAAACCUUUAUUUUCCAGACUCGUACGUUAGUCAACCUGAGCAACAAACAAGUUCAGAUCCAAAAGCUGAACUUCGGCAUGAUUAUAAUUCGGGAACGACCACUCUGAACCUGGACGGUGAAUACGUUACCUCGUUUCAAUUGAAUGAAUUUAAUACAAGUGGCAGCAGUAAUGGAUUUUUCUAUAUUAGAUGUCUCAUAAAUGAGGCUCUAAUACGAGACGGCAACGACCUCUACAAGGAUCAGGCUCGGGUUUCCAGGAUUGCCGGUGCAGCUUGGCAUUCUACAACCGACGCUAUCAGGCAAAUGUUUAACGAUUUUAACAGAAGUCUGUUCAACCCGACCCGCCCAGGCCGAAGCGACGGAAGCAGCGACAGCAACGACGGCAAAGACGAAGACCAGGGGGACAGGAACCUGAGUAAUGUGUAUCAAGAUUCAAGGACUAGAGGUUGA